AUGGUCAAAAAGACAGAUUCACCCUUUACCACGGUAGUCUUAGAGUGCCCAGUGCCCUCGAAGUUUCACCUACCACAACUCAAACCGUUUGAUGGGUUGAAGGAUCCUUUGGAUCAUCUUAACAUCUUCAAGACAACUCUGGGUCUCCAACAGCCACCUGAUAAGAUAUUAUAUUGUUCCUUCCUAACUACCCUCAAAGGAGUUGCGAGGGAAUGGUUCACGAAGUUACCAACUUCGUCCAUCGAUGACUUCGAGCAACUGAGCAGCUCCUUCUUAUGCCAUUUCGUCGGUGGACAACACCCAAAAAGGCCAGCAGACCACUUGCUUACAAUUAAACAAGGAGAAAAGGAGACGUUAAGAUCAUACGUGAAGCAUUUCACCCGAGAAACUUUAGAGGUGGAUGAAGCGGAUGACAAAGUGCAGCUGACGGCCUUUAAAGCUGAGUUAAAGUCCAAGGAGUUUGUGGUCUCGCUCGCGAAGAAUCCCCUAUGGACGAUGGCAGAAAUGCUCCUGAAAACUCAAAAGUACAUGAACGCUGAGGAUGCUUUAGUGAGAAUCGAAGAAGUCGAAAAGCCUAAUAAGAGGGAAAGAAAAGGGAGAUGA